UAGUGAAGGGACUCAAAGGCAAGGCAAAGAAGCAGAAAAAAAGGAUGAGCUUAAAACACUAUAAAUCCAACUCUGCAGCUGCUCAAUCUCUCUCUUUUGAUGACGUUGCUGACUUCUUCUCUCUUCCUCUUGACGACGCCGCUUCCACUCUUGGCGUUUCCGCCUCUGUUCUCAAGAAAAUCUGCCGUGAAAAUGGUCUUGAUAGAUGGCCUCAUAGCAAGUUUUUAUCCGGGAAGAGCAUUGAAGAAAUUAAGAGGCAUGCAGCUAGAGAAAGAAGAAAGGAAAUCGCUGAGCUUUCAAAGGUUCAUUGGCAAAGCGCUCAAUCUCAACCACAAAACAAUGAACAACCCAAAUUACAAUGUGGCGCUGCAGUGCCGAACUUAAAGCAACAAGGAGCAAAAAACAUGCAAACAGCACAGGCCCUGAAUUUUAGCCAUCAAAGCUUGAUUAUAGGAACAAAAAUGUCAGAUGAGUUUAAGUAUGGAUUCCCAUCCGAUGGAUUAUCAAUUGCUACAAACAAAUGGUGGGGAAGUAGCAAGUCUGAUGGCCAUGAAGCUAUAGAUGUUGAUGCAGCUGAAACCGAGGGAGAAGACAAACAUCAAAGUAUGGAAGAACCUGAUGAUAUGGCCAACGACAAACCUAAUGAAAAUGGAAAAUUAGAGGAUGACAUCGGUCCUCAAGGGGUAGCUCUGCUAGCAGCUGUUAGAAAAAGAGCUAUGGAAGGACAAGAAGCACUUAAGCUUGGUGUCCACAGGGGCCGUGGAAUGAAAAGGCCAAGUAGCGGAAAGGCAUUGCUGCUACUUCAAAUAUUCAAAUCUUCAUUACCAAGUGAGUGGCUUCAUGGCCCUUCCUAAUUUUAUCAAGAACAAGAAGAUCCAGAUAUAAAUGACUACGAGUGCAAGACUGAAGAGCCAGAUACUGGCAUCAUUGGCUUUCAUUUAUUUCCCUUUAAAAUCUUUGGCUAACCAUGUAUGUUGAACAAUGGUUCGUUACUGUUAGAGGUGGCUUCUGCAGCAUUACCAUGUUGUAAUUUAGACACAAACUUAGCUAGUGAUUGAUUCAAUGCUUUAGCUAUCCUAGGAUGCAUAUAAACAUUACUAGAAUGGAGUUUGUUCAUGAUUGAAGGUUCAGUCCACACCAAUAAGUUUCGGUCCUUUGGGACUUACGGUUUUGUUCACAUAAGGCACUUCAUAGGUUGAAGAUUGUGUACCAAAAUUAACUCUAAUAUACUGUCAAGUGAUCUUAAUUGGAAUGUGUGAGAAUUUGAUAGAUAAGUUGGGCCA